GAUGCUUCGUUGUCUAGACUCUUGGCAGCCGGUGGCAGUGCAUCAGCAACCCCGCUACUGCGUUCGAAACUUCGAAUCGACCCCUCAACAAAUCAAUCCUUUAUAAACAACCGUGCCGAUUCCAACACAUCUCGAUAAGUAAAGAAUCCGCUUGACAGACACCACGAUGGCUGAUUCCGCAACCUCAAAGCUCUCAUCACGUAUGGCCCGACUUAAUCCCUUCAAGAGCAAGAGCAUGUCAAGGCGCGAAGAGGACGAUGAGGACAUCGGCCAAGAGAUCGACGCCGAUACCUUGGCCGGGGGCGGCCACAGCGCGUUCCAAACUGACAUCACGCUGCGCCGGCUGCGUGUCAGCGAGGCACUGAAGUGCUUCCUUUCCCACGAAGGGGUCCUGAAUGAGGACGAUGCCGAAGGACUGGGCGCCCUCCUCGACAAGCCCAUAGUCUCGCCGCCGGCCCAUCUCAUCGACCGAUCUCACCCUCUGCCAGAGUAUUACAUCAGCUCCAGCCACAACACAUACCUUAUGGCCCAUCAACUCUACGGUACGUCAUCUGCUGCAGCCUAUGAGACCACGCUUAGGGCGGGGGCGCGCUGCAUCGAGAUCGACGCCUGGGACAAUCCCGACGAUCCCAAAGAGCCAAAAGUCACGCACGGUUACACACUGGUCUCCAAUAUCCCCUUCCGAGCCGUCUGUGAGACAGUCCGCGAUGUGGUUGACCUAGAGGCCACGAGCCCUCCGGUCCAGGGCUAUUCGCCAGCCCCGAUCCUCGUGUCACUGGAGAACCAUUGCGACCAUAGCGGGCAACUGCGGUUGGUCCAGAUCAUGAAGCAGGUAUGGGGCGAUCGCUUGCUUAGCGCGCCGGUUCGCGAGAAAGGCCACGAAGAACAGGAGGGCGGAGAACCGGUGCGGCUCGAGGAGCUGGGCAGCAAGAUUGCCGUCAUCGUCGAGUACCACCUCCCCGACGAGGCCGAUGACUCGAGCGACUCGUCCGACUCCAGCUCCUCCAGCGACUCGGAGGAGGAGGAGAAGCAGGCGCGCAAGAAGUACAAGACGAAGAAGAAAGCCGCCCCGCCGCCCAUCAUCGUGCCGGAACUGGCCGAGCUUGGUGUCUAUGCGCAAUCGGUCAAGCCGCGCGACACGUCUUGGUUCACGGACGGCAAGAUCAAGGACGGCCCGCCUCGGCAUCACCUCGUCAACAUGUCCGAGUCUCGCGUGGCGUCGCACAUGACCGAGCAUGCGGUCGAGAUCGCGCAGCAUAACGCCCGACAUCUGAUGCGCGUCUUCCCCAAGGGCACCCGCAUCUCCUCCCACAACCUUUCCCCGAUCACGUUCUGGGCCAUUGGCGCCCAGAUCUGCGCCCUCAACUGGCAGGUCUUUGGCGCAAGCAUGCAGCUCAACGAUGCCCUUUUUGCCGGCACCCCGGGAUAUGUCCUGAAGCCGGCCGCCCUUCGCCCCGGCGGCAGCGGUAACCCUUCCUCGCAGGCUCCCCGCAAAAUGCUCCAGCUCCGCGUGGCCGGGGCUACCGACAUUCCCCUCCCCGAGGGCCGCGACGUGGACGAGAUCAAACCCUACUUGACCUGCACACUGCUCCAGCCGGGAAGCGGGCCAGAUCCGAUCAAGGUCAAGCGCAAGACGGCACCAUACCAUAGGCGGAGGAUUGCGCCGCUGCCCUUCCUUGGCCUCGGCCGUGGUGAGCGCGGGAACCCUGAAAACACGGACCCCGUGUGGGACGAGACCCUGGAGUGGGAAUUCGUCGACGAUGAGCUGGUCUUUGUGAGGAUGCUCAUUAAGAGCGACGACAGCUUCUCGAGCAACCCCAUUCUAGCCGUCUCGGCUGUCCGGCUGGUCUAUGUUGAGCCGGGUUGGAGAUUUGUCCGCAUGCUGGAUCUUCGGGGACACGAGACACAAUGCUCGCUGUUGGUCAAGUUCGAGGUUCGGGAUGUAUAGGUACUAGAGUAGAUAACCUGACUGAGCGCUCAAAAUGCAAUGGUUUGUUGAACGGGACAAACACUGUUACAGUUAAAGCGAAGUACUCGGGACUAAGCCAGUAUUGCGACCGCGUUGCGACUCCCAAGUACGGAGAGCAGGCAUCGGCCUUUGAUGUCGUCACCCUUGGU